AUGGCUGUUCGCAUACCAGCAUACCUCCACCGCAGCGGUCUUCGCCCCUACCUGGCCGAAUUCAUCGGCACACUCCUCCUCAUCCUCAUCGGCGACGGUGUAGUCGCUCAAGCCGUCCUCACAGACUUCUACUACGCCAAUUUCCUCUCUGUAAACCUUGCCUGGGCAUCCGCAGUUGCGCUUUCUUGCUACAUUGGCGCCGCCGUCAACCCAGCCAUCACCCUCGCCUCUGCCAUCAUUCGCCCUACAAAACUGCAAUGGAGACAAUUGCCAGGCAAACUCGCUGCUCAAUUUGCUGGUGCUUUUGUUGGUGCUGCUUUGGUGUAUUUGCAGUAUAGAUCUGCGAUUAAGGUCUGGGACCCUGAGUUUACGGUUCCUGGUGGCAGUAUUUUGAGUCCUCAGGGUCACUCUUCUGCGGGUAUUUUUGCUACGUAUCCGGCUACUACACUUGGAAACAACUGGGAGGCUGCUAUUACUGAAUUCCUUGGAUCGAGUUUGUUGGCUUUUGGUGCCUCUGCUGUUGCAGACCCGAAGAAUGAGGGACUUAAGGCGCCGCAGUUUAUGAUGUUUGCAUUGAUGGUUGCGAUUGGUGCUUCCAUGGGUUGGCAGACUGGUUAUGUGANNGCCGUCAACCCAGCCCGCGACUUUGGGCCCCGUGUCUUUUCGGCAAUCAUCUAUGGCCGCGAAGUCUUCUCUGCAAAGGGCUUUUACUUUAUUGUUCCGCUGUUUGUACCUAUCUUUGGUUGCAUUGCUGGUGCUGCUGCGUAUGAUGCUUUUAUGUUUGAGGGCGAGGGAUCUGCUGUUACUGAUGCGUUGGAUGCUGCUGAGGGGCACGACGGAAGGAUUGCUUUGGAGUAA